AAAAAAGAUAAAAAAUAUCAUUGGAUUUAAACUGAGGAAAAUAAGAGAGAGAAGGCUGAGAAACACAGAAACGCAUUACGCCAUCAUCCAUCACAGAUCAGCAAAAUGAUGGGUUUGGGAUGUUGAAGCGGUGGAGGAUUCACAAUUUGCGAUGGAAAGGGAAAAUUGGAGAGAACACAUCAAUAGCAAUGGGAAUUAUUACGAUGACGACGGAGUAGAACGAAGCCCUGCAAAGCCUUCUUCGCUGUCUUCAUCGCCUCCCAGACUUGCUUACAUCGAUCACCGUGUUUCCAAAUUCGAUACCUUGGCCGGUGUCGCUAUCAAGUACGGUGUUGAGGUGGCAGACAUAAGAAAGAUGAAUAACCUUGUUACAGACCAUCAAAUGUUUGCACUUAAAACACUCCACAUUCCGCUACCUGGAAGGCACCCUCCAUCUCCUUGUUUAUCAAAUGGUUCCAGUACUCCAGGACAUGGUAACUACGAUCACAGUCCACCUAGUCAGGCACACCAUGAUCUGCUUGAUUCAUUUGAAUCCCUGAGAAUAAAGUCAUCAGAGCGGAAGGUCUCCCCAGCCAUGAACUCAUUACAGGGCUACUAUGGACUUAAAGGGACCCCAAGUCCCUCAGAAGAUGGUCCAUUCCCCAGAAACUUACCUAUGUCUGACCGACGUCUGAGUCGUCACCGGAAAUCCAGAAGUUUGGUCAAUGUAAUUUUGGAAGAGAUUAUGCAAAAAUCAGAUGAUGCACCAGCUGCAGAAACCAGGGAAAUUAAUUCCAAUAAAUGGAAUGACAAACUUGGCCAGGGACAUCAGAAAUCCGUAGCUGACUUUACCAGGAUACCAGAGUUGCUUUUGAGGGAGGAUAAUAGCAGCAGUGGUGUUCUUUCGUCAAGAAUAGGAAAGGGUUUAGCUCUGAGACAGAAAGCAGCUAACCGAACCGCAGCGACAAUUGAUUCUGAACCAAUUGGUUUGAAUCCUGCGGUGUUGGGCAUGGGGGAUACUUCUCUUAAUGAUGGUUCAUAUGGGGUGAGGAAAUCAUCAAGCACUUCUUGUUUACAGGAUCAAGAUACCAGUGGCUCCUCAUCUAUUUGGCCAACCUCAAUGUGGAGUUUGAAACCAGACUUACAAGCACUCUCAAGUGCAGCCAUUGGAAAACCAAUCUUUGAUGGCUUGCCCAAGCCAAUAACUGGUCGGAAAAAUAAAGCUGCACUUGAUUAAUCUAUAGAAAUUUAUGAACAGUUUUGACCCCAUUUGUCAGGUUAUGGAAUCAUUAGCCGCUACACCAGUGGGUAGAUUGGAGUAAGUAAAACAAUGUAGAAGAAGGGACAUAAGAUAUCAAACAUCACAUUUUAUUUCUCUUUGAAUAGGGGCAUUGUUUUAAUGCUAGAAAAUACUUCCAUUUAUUUAUUUUUUUAAAAAUGUUUUGCUGCCUCAUGACCAUCUUUAGAAAAAUACAGGACUCAAAAGGAGCAGAUUUCUCUACCUUAGCCUUCACCUAAACUAUCUUUUGGUAGUGUUAUAGUGAUUCUUUUGUGGGUUGGGGCACAUUACACUGAUCGGCCAAAGUACUAGUUUGGCAGGUGUCAAUAUCUGACUGACACAGGAAUGAUCCCAUACAUGUGUAGCAUGAUUACUUUGCAAUUUGAGUUAAGAGUCUAUUUUACAUUUGCAGUAAUCAUACGAACUUUUUUAAAAA